AUGUCCUGGCUGGUGGGUGUCCAGCUCUGGAAGCGGCUUGCCUGGGCAGAGGUGAGGGAACAGCACCAUCUGCAGCGCGGCCUGCGCUCUGCCCGCCUCCCCGGGGAAGCUGAGCUGCCGUCCCGGGGUAUAAGUAGUGAUCUCACAUUUCGUUUUUUCCAUUUAUCUGUACAGGUUCAAAAACAUGUGAAUGACCUGUAUGAAGACCUGAGAGAUGGACAUAAUUUGAUCUCACUUUUAGAAGUCCUUUCUGGAGACACCUUGCCCCGAGAAAAAGGUCGGAUGCGUUUUCACAGACUUCAGAACGUCCAAAUUGCACUUGACUAUUUGAAAAACCGCCAGGUGAAACUGGUUAAUAUUAGAAAUUACGACAUAACAGAUGGGAAUCCAAAACUGACUUUGGGGUUGAUAUGGACCAUAAUUUUGCACUUUCAGAUAUCUGAUAUACAUGUUACUGGAGAGUCAGAAGACAUGUCUGCUAAAGAGAGACUGCUCCUGUGGUCACAGCAGACAACUGAGGGCUAUGCUGGAAUACAUUGUGAAAAUUUCACUACCUGCUGGCGUGAUGGAAGAUUAUUUAAUGCCAUCAUUCAUAAAUACAGGCCGGACCUGAUAGACAUGAGUACUGUUGCUGUUCAAAGCAACCUUGCAAAUUUAGAACAUGCUUUUUUUGUAGCCGAAAAACUUGGUGUUGCCAGACUUCUGGAUCCUGAAGAUGUUGACGUUUCCUCACCUGAUGAGAAGUCAGUAAUAACUUACGUGUCAUCACUUUAUGAUGCGUUUCCCAAAGUACCAGAAGGUGGUGAAGGCAUUGGUGCAAAUGAUGUUGAAGUCAAAUGGAUUGAAUAUCAGAAUAUGGUGAACUACCUCAUGCAGUGGAUCAGACACCAUGUUGCAACAAUGUCUGACAGAACUUUUCCCAAUAAUCCUGUGGAAUUGAAGGCACUUUAUAAUCAGUAUUUACAGUUUAAAGAAACAGACAUUCCACCAAAGGAAACAGAUAAAUCAAAAAUUAAACACCUAUAUAAACUACUAGAGGUCUGGAUAGAAUUUGGACGCAUCAAACUUCCUCAAGGCUACCAUCCAAAUGAUAUAGAAAAAGAAUGGGGAAAGCUUAUUAUUGCCAUGCUGGAAAGAGAGAGGACCCUUCGGCCUGAACUGGAGAGGUUGGACACGCUGCAGCAGAUUGCAAACAGAAUUCAGCGGGACAGCCGGAGCUGUGAGGACAAACUGACACUUGCCCAGAGCGCUCUCCAGUCUGACACCAAACGACUAGAAUCAGGGCUCCAGUUCCAACAUGAAGCAGAGAUAGCUGGGUAUCUUCUUGAAUGUGAGAACCUUCUCCGCCAACAAGUGAUUGAUGCCCAAAUCCUUACUGAUGGAAAAUACUACCAGGCAAACCAGCUUGUGCAAAGGAUUGCAAAACUUAAUGAUGAACUGGUGGCCAUACGGACUGAAUAUUCUUCUGUGUACAACAAGAGGCAUGCACUAACAGCAGAGCAAACAAAGCUUAUGAUAUCAGGAAUAACUGAAAGCCUAAACUCAGGAUUUACAACAAACCUAACCCCUGAAUUAAAUGCUGCAAUGACCCAAGGCUUAACACCUGCUUUGACUUCUUCCAGCUUGACAUCUGGACUUUCAUCAGGUCUUACUUCCAGAGUGACACCAAGCAUCACUCCCACUUACACACCUGGUGUCCCACCACGGUUAAUUCAAAGCUAUGUGACAGGAGUAGACAGUGGGACUUUGCAAACACUCAAACUGAUGCAAAUCAGAAAACCGCUUAUGAAAUCAGCUUUUGUGGAUCAGAAUUUAACAGAAGAAGAGGUGAACAUGAAAUUUGUCCAAGACCUGUUGGACUGGGUAGAAGAAAUGCAGGUGCAACUUGAUCGAGCAGAAUGGGGUUCAGAUUUACCAAGUGUUGAAAGCCAUUUAGAAAACCAUAAAAAUGUCCACAAAGCUAUUGAAGAAUUUGAGUCCAGCCUUAAAGAAGCUAAAAUCAGUGAGAUCCAAAUGACAGCCCCUCUUAAACUCAGUUAUGCAGAAAAGUUGCACAAGCUGGAAAGUCAGUAUUCAAAACUCCUGAACACAUCAAGGAAUCAGGAAAGGCAUCUAGAUACUCUUCACAAUUUUGUGUCUCGUGCUACUAGAGAGCUCAUCUGGCUGAACGAAAAAGAAGAGGAAGAGGUUGCGUAUGACUGGAGUGAGAGAAACCCCAAUAUAAUGAGAAAAAAAGAAUACCAUGCCGAAUUAAUGAGAGAACUUGAUCAAAAAGAAGUUGUUAUUAAAUCGGUGCAAGAAGUAGCUGAGCAAUUGCUUCUUGAAAAUCACCCAGCCAGACUAACCAUUGAGGCUUAUAGAGCUGCAAUGCAGACACAGUGGAGCUGGAUUCUUCAGCUGUGUCACUGUGUUGAACAACAUUUGAAAGAAAAUGCUGCAUAUUUUGAGUUUUUCAGUGAUGCCAAAGAAGCGAUGGAAUAUUUAAAAAAUUUGAAAGAUACCAUAUACCGAAAAUAUAGUUGUGAUAGGUCAAGUGGCCUUCAUAGGCUGGAAGACCUUGUCCAGGAGUCCAUGGAAGAAAAAGAACAACUCUUGCAGUAUAAGAGCACAGUAGCAGGCCUUGUGGGGAGAGCAAAGGCAAUAAUUCAGCUGAAACCAAGGAACCCUGACUGUAUACUCAAAACAUCCAUCCCAAUUAAAGCCAUCUGUGACUACAGACAAAUUGAGAUAACUAUUUACAAAGACGAUGAGUGUGUGCUAGCAAACAACUCCCAUCGUGCUAAAUGGAAAGUCAUUAGCCUGAGUGGUAAUGAGGCCAUGGUUCCAUCUGUAUGCUUUACAGUUCCUCCACCAAACAAAGAAGCAAUAGAUACAGCCCACAGGAUUGAACAGCAGUUUCAGAAUGUUCUGGCCCUUUGGCACGAGUCACACGUGAACAUGAAGAGUGUGGUGUCCUGGCAUUACCUGACAAACGAAAUUGAAGCUGUUCGAGCUGGCAACGUUGCAUCGAUAAAGACGAUGCUGCCAGGUGAACAUCAGCAGGUUCUGAGCAACUUGCAGUCCCGCUUCGAUGAUUUUGUGGAAGAUAGCCGGGAGUCCAAAAUCUUUACAAGCUCCGAUAUGGCAGAGCUGGAAAGGGAAGUUAAUGUUUGCAAGCAAUACUAUCAAGAGCUUCUGAAGUCUGCAGAAAGAGAGGAGCAGGAAGAAUCCAUUUACAAUCUUUACAUCUCUGAAGUCAGAAAUAUCAGACUACGGCUGGAGAGUUGUGAGGAGCGGUUAAUACGGCAGAUCCGAACCCCAAUGGAGAGGGAUGAUCUACACGAAAGUGUGUUUAGGAUUUCAGAGCAAGAGAACCUGAGGAAAGAACUGGAUCGACUGAAGGACGACUUGGGAGUCAUCACGGAUAAAUGUGAAGAGUUUUUCAGUCAAGCUGCUGGUUCACCUUCAGUCCCUACUCUGCGCUCUGAACUCAGUGUUGUCAUUCAGAACAUGAACCAAGUUUAUUCCAUGUCUUCCAUUUACAUAGAUAAGUUAAAAUCUGUGAAUUUGGUGCUGAGGAACACCCAAGGAGCAGAAUCAUUAGUAAAACUCUAUGAAACCAAGUUGUGUGAAGAAGAGGCAGUAACGGCUGACAAAAACAAUAUUGAAAAUCUGAUGGGUACAUUAAAGCAAUGGAGAUCUGAAGUAGAUGAGAACAGACAAGUAUUCCAUGCCUUAGAGGAUGAACUGCAGAAGGCAAAGAUGAUCAGUGACCAGAUGUUUAAAAUGCACAAGGAACGUGAUCUUGACUUUGACUGGCAUAAAGAAAAGGUCGAUCAGUUAGCUGAGAGGUGGCAAAACGUUCAUACUCAAAUUGAAAACAGGUUGCGUGACUUAGAAGUUAUUAAUAAGUCUCUGAAGGAUUACAGAGAUACUUACAAUUCUUUGGACACUUGGAUUCAACAAGUGAAAGAAACUCAGCGAAAGAUUCAAGAAAUCCAUCCGGAAAAUAGCAAAGCAUUGGCUAAGCAGCUGAACCAACAUAAGAUGCUGGUUUCUGAGAUUGAAAUGAAGCAAAGCAAAAUAGACGAAUGCCAGAAGUAUUCAGAACAAUACUCAGCUGCUGUAAAGGACUAUGAGUUGCAGACUAUGACCUACAGAGCUAUGGUUGACUCCCAACAGAAAUCUCCGGUGAAACGCCGAAGAAUGCAAAGCUCAUCAGACUUCAUUAUUCAAGAGUUCAUGGAUUUACGGACUUCUUACACUGCCUUAGUGACCUUGAUGACCCAAUACAUUAAGUUUGCAGGUGACUCUUUGAAAAGACUGGAAGAGGAAGAGAAAUCAAUGGAAGAAGAAAAGAAAGAACAUGUUGAGAAAGCUGAAUAUUUACUGAAAUGGAUGUCAGACCUCAGUAAGACACUCAGCAAAGAAGGAGAAAAGUCUGAAAAGACAGAUUUGCCUAAGCAGCAGAUUUCCCUGGAUGAAAUGUCAAACAAGAAAGAACAAAUAGCUGAAGCUCUGCAGACUACUCAGUCAUUUUUAGCUAAGCACAGUGACAAAAUGACAGAUGAAGAGAAAAAUGAAAUGGAAAAGCAAGUCAGAUCCCUUCAGGAGAGCUACAGCUUGUUAUCCAAUGAAACUUCGAAGCAGCUGCAGGAAGCACAGUGUCUGGGUGAUGAAAAGAUGGAAGAAAAGGUGAAAAAAGUCAUUGCUGGUGUCAUUGACCAAACAACUGGAGAAGUCCUUUCAGUUUUUCAGUCUAUUCUAAAAGGUUUUAUUGACUAUGACACUGGAAUUAGAUUGCUUGAGAAUCAGCUGAUAAUUUCUGGAAUGAUUUCUCCAGAAUUAGGAGUAUGUUAUGAUUUGGAAGAAGCUAAAGCUCAUGCCUUAGUUGAUGAGCAGACUCUGUUGCAGUUGCAGGAAUUAAGUAACGCAAAGAAGCUUAUUUCAGAGUCAUCGUUAUCAAAUCUUCCAGUUGUAUCAGCUUUAGAACAAGGUUUGAUUUCAGAACCUUUGGCUAUUAAAAUUCUUGAGAAUCAGCUUUCAAGUGGGCAUUUGAUUUUGCCGCAUACUGGAGAAAACUUGACUUUGCAGAAUGCUUUCCAGAGAAACCUCAUUUCUCCAACAUUAUAUACAAAGCUUCUGGAAAGACGAGGCACAUGUAGAGAACUUAUAGAUCCCAACUGUGCUGAGAAGAUUUCCCUUGAAGAAAUGGUUCAUAGAAGCAUAAUCCAUGAAGAAACAGGGUUAAGACUCCUACCUGUGAAACCACAAGAAAAAGGUAGAAUCACGUUCAAAUGUGGAAGGAAGGUAACUAUUCUGAGGGCAGCCCAUGAAGGACUCAUCGAUCGGGAAACAAUGUUCAGGCUGCUGGGCUCUCAGUUAAUGUCUGGAGGUAUAAUUGACCCUGACUCAGGGAAGCGAGUGACUGUGGAAGAGGCCAUGAAACAAGGGAUGAUAGAUCAGGACACUGCUUGUGGGAUCCUCACACAUCAGGUUCAGACUGGUGGAAUCCUUUGUCCAAAUUCAGGACAACGUUUGACUGUUGAUGAAGCUGUGCAAUGCAACUUACUAUCAUCUAGCAGUGCACUGCUGGUGUUAGAAGCACAGAGAGGCUUUGUUGGACUAAUUUGGCCUCACACUGGUGAAAUAUUUCCCGUAUCAACUUCUUUGCACCAAGAGAUGAUAACAAAUGAGCUGGCAUUCAAAAUACUGAAUGGUAGACAGAAGAUAGCUGCACUUUACAUUCCAGAAACUUGUGAAAUAGUCAGUCUAGAUAAAGCUGCACAAUCAGGGAUAAUAGACAUCAAUGCUCUGUCUAUUUUGACCAAUGUGAUUUUGCCGGAUAAAAUGCCCAAUGUAGAAGAAUUAGAGUCCCCUUGUAAAAGUGCUGCAAAAUGGUUAUCAACGUAUGAAUUCCUGCCAUCUGUAUCUCGUGACUGUGAGGAGGAACAUGAGGAUUCUGGCACAGAAGACCCUGUGUGUCACAAUUUAGAUCAAGCUAAGAAAUUAUUCAUCUCUUAUCUGAUGGUUAAUAGUUAUAUGGACGCAAACACUGGAGGAAGACUUUUACUGUACGAUGGACAACUGCGAGAAGCCAUCAGUAUGUUGGUGGAUGGUGAUGGCGCUGUAUACAACACUGAUGCGUCAGAAAUGGAGUUUGAUAACAAAUACAUAAGCCCAAAAGGAGUUAACCUAAAGUUGACUGGCAAUGUCCACCUUAACAGUGUCACAGGCACUGUUCAGGGUGGUUUUUCAGGUGCUGAAAAUACUUUGGACAAUAAGGAAUUAAAUCAGUUUGAAGAUUUUGGGAAUUGUGUAUCUUCACAGGGAGAAGGUCUCCAUGUGUGCAGGCCAGAUGUUUGCAAUGCUGUUGAUACUCAGCAAUCAGAAUAUACACGUGAGAGGCUGUUAAUUAACCCUACAGAUCUUAGAAGUGUAGUCAGUAACACAGAAAAUUCCAUGAACAGAGAUCUUCUAGAGGUUUGUGAGUGGACAGAACUACGUCAGCCUAACAGUCAGAAGACAAGGUCAGGGAAUGUUGAGGGGUAUCUUCCAGAUGGUUCAAAUCCAAAUUUUAUUUCAGAAACAGAGUACAAAGACAUUUAUAUGGCAGACAGUCUGGCUAAUGAAAAUAGAAAUGAUAAACUCUUACAAAAUUCAGUGAGUGAGAAAGAUUUGACAGAUAAUGAAACCUGGAGAGAACUGGAAAGGUGCACAAAAUACGAACCUCACCUAUUGCAAGGUGACAGUAGCAGUAUGGGAUUGGAUAACAGCAAAAAAGAUUAUUAUCACAAAAGUUCUGGUUCAUCCGUCAGUGCAGAUACUAAGUGUAGACCUCCAGAAGAACUGGUUCGUCACUGUGGUGACACACUACAGUUUGAAGAUGACAAAUACAAUGAACAACCUUUGCAGGACUACCCUGAUGUACAGAAUAGGCCGUCCCUAGAGGACUACUUUUAUACACAUGGCAAGCCAUCCUUGGAGGAUGGUACUGAUUCGUGGGGUGAGCUGUGUCUAGAAGGCAGGGGAGAUGUGCAUUGCAGGCCUUCACUGGAUGGUGAUACUGUUACACACAAUGGACCAUCUGCAGAGGACAGUAACAGCACAGUACUAAUGCAAACAGUAGAAGAAAACAAUCUGACAUUCCACAAGUUGCAGGUGUGUGACAGUAGUUCUGACUCAUCAGUAGAAGGGAGUGAUGGUGUCCCACAGUUUGGAAGUAACUGCUUGCAGCAUGAAUGUGGUGAGGUAGCCUCUGAAGCUGACAGCUCUGAGUUUGAUGAUGAUGCCUAUGAAACACCUCCGGUUGAUGAUGAUGACAGUGAUGUCUAUGAUACUUCACAAAUCGAUGAUGAUGAUUCCUAUGCCACUCCUCAAGGUGAUGAUGAUUUUGAUGCCUUGCAGUUGAGGGAUGAUGUCACACCAGAGCCAGAAUUGUCUCAAGCAUCAAUUCCAUUAGGUUUUCUAGGGGAGAGAGGUGGUCUACUAACCCCAAGAGAAGAGACCAGCUCCUUUCAAGAACUUGCAACUAAUGCUGGAGAGGGUGUCCACGUAAGUCUGGCAGGGCUACCAGAGAGCGUAAACAUAGUUUCUGCAAGUGCUGAAAGUACUGGAAGAAUCCCUGAGGAGGGAAGGGAAGGAACAGGGAGCUUGGGAGAGAAGGAGCAAAAAUUACCAGUUCCUCUGGAGGGUGAAGGAAGAAUGGAGGGAGACCUUAGUUCUUUAUGGAUGUACGAAGCAGAAGUACAGGACAGAAAUGAGGAAGAAGAAAUGAAAGUGCAAAGUGACUCUUCUGAGGAUGAAUCUGAAGGUACACAGGAGGAGGAAGAUUAUGAGGAGGAUUAUGGUAGUUAUGAUGACUCUGACACUGAUUCAUCACAUGCUGAUGACACUUCAUCACACAGUGAUGAAGAAAUGGAUAUUUUUUAUUCACAUCAUCAAUGUAUAAACAAAGGUGGCCAGGUGUUAAUUUCCUUAGGAGACAUAAAAAAUAGUGAUGAAAAUAACAAGAAUAUUGAUUACUCUUGCUAUUCUUUAGGCGACAAGACAGGAUAUACGUUACAAUUUCAGCCUAACCAUGAAAAUCGAGAACUGUCCUCAGGAAAGUGUGAAUCUUUAUCACAUAUUUCUGAGGAAAGAUGUGUUGGCCUAACAUGUAGAAGUGAAGAUGACGGACAGCAGGAAAUAGAAGAUGAAUAUGGGACUUGUGUCAAAAGUAAACAUAUGUCACAAGAUACUACUGAGCCUAUUCAGUCUGAAAAUGCAUUUGACACUAAUUGGACAUCCUGUAAGAGUGAAGAAAAUAACAUAGCACAGCUUAAUGUUCCAAGUUCUCAGCUUCUUGAUGAUACUGUGACAUCUGCCAUUAGUGUAACAGGCUUCCCCAUUACAAAGGGAGCUACUGGUGAUGACGAUGAUGAAAGUACGCAGAGAAAUUUGCUUCUCUCAGAAUGCUUUGUUGAUAGUGUGAAUACAAACAAUAGUCCCACACCAAUGUUACAUUUAAAUCAUGGUCAGAGAGAACCAGUAUUUGCAGAGGGGAAACUAUUAAAUGAUGUGGCUGGUACUGAACAGCUAAAGGAAAGUUCAUCCCAAUUGGACAAUAAAUUCCUCAUGGAUGCACCUUACAUGAGUGAUGGUGGUAGUUCACUUUGUGACCAAGUACAUCCAGUCAUUAGUUGGAAGCAUGGCCAAAUAAGAAAAGGUGUAGAAAUUCUUACAGAAAAUAAAAGUAGAGUAAAUGUUAUGGAGGAAUGUGGUAUCAUGGGGCUAAGCAAAAGUCCCAUUCAGAUGGAAAGCCUUGGGGAAAUAUUUGAUGCAUCAGUAAUUAAAGCUGAUAGAGAAAUGCUUGUUUCAAGCAAAGACAAAGGGAGUGUUGGUCAGUCUUUGUUUCACAUUGCAAGUGGUGUUGAAUCAAAUGAAUUUAAGAGAAAUUUUAACGUUUCUGCUUCUUCAAAACAAUAUACAUCAAACAUAAAAGCAGAUGGCCAUUCAGAAUUGGAUAAAGCUGAAUCUUGUUGCUUAGAGGACAGGGAAAAAGAGAAAAACGGUGCACAGACUGAAAAGGAUUUUCUGCUAAAUAGGGUGGAAAGGGAUUCAAGUAAAUUUAACGCUUCCUCUUUUGCCCCUUCUGAUACAGUGAAACCAAAGGAAAUUAGCAUAGCUAAAGAAACAGGGAGAGCUAUCUGUCAAAACAGGGAUCAUUUUCUUCAAGAUUUUUCAGAAAAAAAGAGCAGCAGUGUUGGUGAAUUUUCCCCAAUAAAAACAGGUGCUUUAGGAAGUAUUGAGGAUGCCAAAGAAGCAGGGGAUGGGAAGGAAAUGCUGCCUUCUGGGAAUCAUCCCCAUACCAUUGAAGUUUCUUCUACAACUCUGAGCAACGUAGGGACUGACUUGAAUUACGGUGCUCAGAGAGAACAUGAGAUGCUGAAAAACACAAAGGGUGAAAAUUUUAUGACCAGUGAGGCUUCUUCCCUUGGAAAUAGUUUCAAAAAACAAAUGUCUGUGGAGUCAUUGCAAAAGGAAAUGGGACCCUGCAAAGAUUUUCAAGUAAAAGAAGGUUUUUCACAAUCACCAGAGAUGUCUGAGACGCUAAUGGAAGACUUAAAUAAUCUGGUACAAAGGAAACUGAAAAUGGGACAUGUUUACUGCAAGCAGAAGAGUGAACCCCUGAGUUACUCAGAUACCAAAAUUUUAAUGCAAAAUUUACUUACAAUGGUUAGAAGCACCCAGCUUAGGAGUGACACGUCUAGUGGGUCAAAUCUCAAGCAAAUAAGCAAUGCUGGUAGAGAUGCAUUGUUGUUCACUGCACCAUGUAUGGAACCCAAGGACAGUGAUGCUCUUUCAUUGCUUUGGCCUGAUUGCAGAAGUCCUGAUCUUCUUCGUGAUAUUCUGAAGCAGGAAUCCUGCAAGCAAAAGAUGUCUGAUCCAGGUGAAAGGAAAAGUGAAACAGAUGUGAAAGCUCCCAUACCAAAACUUAGUAAUUCUGAAUUUCUGGAGAUUUUUCAGAUCUCACCUGGAGCUGAAAGUACAAGCAAGUUAGAGGAGCUGAUAAGUGGUUUGCUUACAAGCUCACAGAUUGCUGAUAUCACCACAGAACAUAGGGGUAAAGGCAAAGUAGAUGGGCUUUGUACUCCUCUCUCAACAGAAGAAUCAGAAUUUGGAUCAGAAAUUGCUGAAGAGAAAACACUGGCCGAUGGCACAGCUAUUGCUUGGAAGAAUGACCAGGAGCAUGAGAAGAUAGACAGCCUGUCCCAAAGUUUUGUUGAACCUGUUUUGAGAAUAAAAGAAGCAGUCCUGGAAGACAUCUCCACUAGCAGAGUCAAUGGAGUUCAGCAGUGUUUAGAAUUAACAGAGAAAAUGCGAGGACAUUUGGGAGUGCUUCAAGAUAUGAAAAGCCAGCUAGAUAACCAGGAGCCUAUUAGUAACAACCUGGAGCUAUUAAAAGAUGAACUGGAACAACUAGAGUCAUUUGAAUCAAGACUGGCUACCUUUGCAAUUAUCCUAAAAAAGGAUAUGAGGUUGACAGAAGAGUUUUUAAAGUCCUGUCACAGGGAUAUUCCUGACGAGAAACUUAAAGAGCUAAAGAUAAGCUAUGACGAUUUGCAGGAAGUGUUUUUGGUGGUCUGUGGUACAUCUUCAAAACGAGCAAAACAAAUAGUGUGGGCUGUUGACUCAGAAAUGUCUAAGCUUGCAGUAUUACACCAGCAACUUUCAAGCAAACUGCAGACUUUUUCAGACUGGAUCACAGAAAACAGUAAAAUAAUGAAUGACUUCAUAGUAAACACUAAGGAUAUAGAAGAGAUGAAGAAAAGUUUACAGCUAUUAAAAAACAGUGCUGCAGAGCUUGGCUGUAAAAAAAUGCAACUGGAGUCUACUGCGUUUGAUGUUCAGUUCUUCAUUUCUGAACAUGCUCAAGAUCUUUCUCCUAAUCAGAGCAAACAGCUGCUGAGGCUCUUAAAUACCACCCAGAAAUCUUUUCAGGAAGUACAGGAAGCAAUAACAUCUCAAGUGGCAAGUUUAGAGGCUCAGUUACAGGCAGCACAAGAGCUGGGUGAUCAGAAGCUGCAGGAAAUCUGUGAUUUGCUUACACAGACUGAAAAUCGACUCAUCGGGCAGCACGAGUCUCUUGUUAUUGGAGACAGCAAGGCUGAGCUAGAACAAUACCAGACCAAACAGGAGGAGAUACAAAAAGACAUGAGAUUGAGUGCCCAGAGACUGGCAGACAUUGUGAAAAAUACUGAAAACUUCUUGAAAGAGAAUGGAGAAAAGUUGUCACAACAAGACAAGACUAAUCUUGAACAGAAACUGAAUGAAGCUAAGACAAAGUGUUUGCUCCUUAGCCAGAAGGCAGAAGAGUCCAAAAAAGAACUGGAUAAAGCUAUGACAACAGCAAUUAAGCAGGAAACAGAAAAGGUUGCAGCCAUAGAACAGCUAGAAGAAAGUAAAAGUACAAUAGAAAACCUUUUGGACUGGCUAUCGAAUGUGGAUAAAGAAGCAGAGCACGGGCGGAAGUUUAAGCAGGCGAUAGAACAGAAUGGAACACACUUUGAAGAGGGGAAUGUGAAGUCUUUGGAAGGAGAGGAGGAUGAUGUCAAUGGUAACCUGCUGGAAAUUCAGCAAGACUUUGAAAGUCAGGUGGACGGAUUGGCCAGAAGCACAGAAGAUAAUCUGAACCAGCAGUAUCAGAAAGUCAAGGCUCAACAUGAGAAAAUCAUUUCCCAGCAGCAGGCUGUCAUAGUAGCAACUCAGUCUGCUCAGGCACUGCUUGAGAGACAAGGGCACUACCUUUCCCCUGAAGAAAAAGAGAAGAUGCAAAGGAACAUGAAAGAACUGAAGGCUCAGUAUGAAACCGUUUUAGCUGAAUCCGAACGGAAAAUGAGAUUGACUCAUUCUCUAAGAGAAGAACUUGAGAAAUUUGAUGCAGACUAUAGUGAAUUUGAAACCUGGCUGCAGCAGGCAGAACAAGAACUCGACAACCUGCAGGCAGGUGCCUCUGACUUCAGCGGUAUUAUGGUCAAACUGAAAAGGCAAAAGAGUUUUUCAGAAGAUGUGAUAUCUCAUAAAGGUGAUUUACGGUAUAUUACAAUUGCUGGACAAAGAGUUUUAGAUGCUGCAAGGUCGUGUAGCAAAAGAGAUGGAGUGAAGGUUGACAAAGAUGGUAUUGAUACUUCAGCUACAUAUACUGAAGUGCAGAAUAAACUGGAUAAUGCCUCAGAUCGUUUCAAAUCUCUCUAUACUAAGUGUAGCAUCCUUGGAAAUAACCUUAAAGACCUGGUGGAUAAAUACCAGCAUUAUGAAGAUGCCUCAUCUGGACUUUUGUCAGGUCUCCAGGCCUCUGAAAUAGCUGUGAACAAACAACUGUCAGAGCCAGUUGCAGUGGAUCCCAAAAAUCUCCAGAGACAACUAGAAGAAACCAAGGUUCUUCAGGGACAAGUGUCUAACCACCAAAUUGCUGUAGAAAAACUGAAAAAAGCUGCUGAAGUGUUACUGGAUACAAGAGGAGAGUUGACACCAGAUAAAGAUGAAAUUCAGAAAACACUGGAUAAUAUUGUAGAGAGGUAUGACAAUUUAUCCAAGUCUGUGAAUGAAAGGAAUGAGAAGCUCCAGAUAACUCUGACCCGAUCCCUAAGUGUGCAGGAUGGUUUGAAUGAAAUGCUGGAUUGGAUGGAAGGAGUUGAAAAGAGCCUUGAAGAAAAAGAUCAAGUGCCUUUGAAUUCUGCUGCUAUUCAGGAUAUUAUUAGUAAAAGCAUUAUGCUAGAACAAGACAUUAUGGGUCGCCAAAGCAGUAUAAACACUAUGAAUGAAAAAGUGAAGAAGUUCACAGAAACAGCCGAUCCAUCCACUGCGUCCACACUGAAAGCUAAAAUGAGUGACCUCACAGGGCGGUUUUCUGCAGCAAGCAACAAGCAUAAAGAGAAGCUUAUGAAAAUGGAGGAGUUGAAGACUAAAGUGGAGUUAUUUGAAGGUCUGUCAGAAAAACUUCAGGCAUUCCUAGAUGAGAAGAAUCAGGCACUCAGUGAGACGGAGGCACCAAGAAAAGAUGUCAGUGAAGUGUCUCAGUACAUGCAGGAAGCUAGUGUAGAAUUGGCACAGCACAAGAAGGAUCUGGAAGUUUUGCAGCAGCUUCUUGAAGAACUUUCAUUCCAUGCUCUUCCUGGAGAUAAAGCAUUGGUACUAGAGAAAGUAAAUGCUUUGUCGAAGAAAUUCAGAGAGGUAGAGGAGACCGUAAAGGAAAAAGAAGAAGAUGUAUCAUCUUGUCAGAAACAAAUGGAUGCUUUUGAGCUCCUUGUCGAAUCAUUAAAGAAAUGGAUAAAAGAGAUGACAGAACAAAUUCCAGCAGCGCAACCGUCUCUGAAUACAGAGGAGUUAAAGAAACCCUUGGAAGAUACAUUGAAUUUAAAAGAUGAAUGGACAUUAAAAGCACCUGAACUGCAGAAAAUGAAUAGCAGAGGAACGUUGCUGUGUAAUCUGAUUACUGCUGUGACUUCUCCUUCCAAACUGAGAGCAGUGGCAAAAUCAGGUGGCACAAUGUUAAAUGGUGAAGGAGGAGCUCCAGGAACUCAGGAUUUCCUGAAAAAUAAAGAACUGACAACUGUUCAACAAGCCAUGUCUGAUGUAAAUCAUGCUUAUGAAGAUUUGGGAGUUUUAUUGAAGGAAAAGAUUUCAGAACUAGAAAGUAUGCUUUCAAAAAUGCAGAAUAUUCAGGAAGAAUCAACCUCAAUGAUGCAAUGGUUGCAAAAAAUGGACAAAACUGCAUCAGACUGGGAAGCUGCUCCAACUGACAGUGAAGCAGUUAAAGCCCAAGUUGAGCAACAUAAGCUUUUUGAGAUGGAAUUAAAGCAAAGUGCAAAUAAAGUGCAGGAACUGAAGGACAAAGUGACAGAGUUGUUGGAGAAGAAUCCUGAUUCUCCUGAGGCACCCAAGUGGAGACAAAUGUUGGAUAAAAUAGAUUCCAAAUGGAAAGAGCUCAAUCGAGUUACAUCUGAGAGACAACAAAAACUGGAGGAGUCUUCAAAUUACCUGACCCAGUUCCAGACAGCAGAAGCUCAGCUGAAGCACUGGCUUGUAGAGAAGGAGCUAAUGGUCAGCGUACUGGGACCACUAUCAAUUGACCCUAAUAUGCUGAACACACAAAAGCAACAGGUUCAGAUUCUGCUUAAAGAGUUUGAGACCAGAAAGCCACAGUAUGAGCAGUUAACUAUGGCUGGUGAAGGGAUUCUGAAGAGACCUGGUGAACAUCCGCCGUCUCAUGAAAUUGUAAAAGAGCAACUGGCAGCUGUGGCACAAAAAUGGGACAGUCUAACUGGCCAGCUGAGGAACAGAUGUGACCAAAUUGACCAAGCCAUUGUGAAAAGCACAGAGUAUCAAAGUCUACUGAGAAGUCUGUCUGAUAAGCUAAGUGCCUUGGAUAGUAAGCUAAGCAGCAGCCUGGCUGUGAGCACACAACCUGAUGCUGUGAAACAACAACUGGAGAUAGCUAGAGAAAUGAAGAAGGAAAUACAACAGGAAAUGAAGAAUAUAAAUGCAGCUCAAGCUCUUUGUGAAGAACUGUCAACACUGGUUGGAGAAGAGUAUUUGAAAGCAGAACUUGUGAGACAGUUAGAUGGCAUCUUAAAAGCAUUUAAAGAUAUUGAGCAAAAAUCAGAUAACCAUGUUCAGCAGCUUCAGUUGGCGUAUGCCACUUCUCAUCAGUUCCAGCAAAUGUCUAAGGACUUUGAGGCUUGGCUAGGCAAAAAGAAAGAAGAGCUGAACCAGGCUCGUCCUGUAUCAGCCAAACUGGAUACCUUGCAAUCACUAAUCGAAGAACAGAAAGACUUUAAGAAGACCAUGACCGACCAGAUAAGUUCAUAUGAAAGAAUUGUUGCGGAAGGAGAAAGCAUCUUACAGAAGACUCAAGGAGAUGACAAAGCAGCAUUACAAUCCCAAAUUGCCACGCUCAGAAGUAACUGGGAUGAAAUGAAUAAGCAGGUAAAAGAAAGGCAAGAUAAAUUAACAGAUUGUCUGGAGAAAGCCCUCAAAUACAAGCAGCAUGUAGAAGAUCUGCAGCCAUGGAUAGAGAAGUGCCAAGGCAACCUGUGUGAAUUAAAAGUCAGCAUAAACCCUGUUGAAAUAGAGAAUUCUAUUGUUCAGGUGAGGGCCUGGCAGAAGGACUUAGAUAAACACCAUGGGAUGGUGGAGCUAUUAAAUAACACUGCUGAAAGUUUGCUCAGUGCAAGUCAAACUGAUAAAGAAGUUGUUCAAGAAGAAACUAAGAUGCUGAAUCAGAAAGUGAACAUGGUCACAGAAGAGUUGCAUAAGAAGAGAAAGUGCUUGGAAAAUAUGGCACAAAGGCUGAAAGAAUUUCAAGAAUCAUCCAGUGAAACUGAAAAACAGCUUAAAAGUGCCAAAGAGCAUCUGGAAGCUCACGACUCGCUUGGACCUCAGUCAUUCAGUAACAAACACCUGACGAUGAUGCAGACGCAGCAGAAAGCCUUGCAAGCUUUAAAGCCUCAUGUUGAUCUAGUGAAAAAGCUUGCCCAAGAACUGGUGGUAGAAGCUUCUGGUUCAGAAGGGGUUUCUGACCUUUUGCUCCAAGCUGAAUCUUUGGAGCGAGAAUACAUGGUGGUGAAUCAGCAGGUUGAAGAUAGGUGCUCAUUCUUAGAGACAAAACUCCAGGGAAUCGGCCAUUUCCAAAACAGCAUCCGAGAGAUGUUCUCUCAGUUUGCGGAGUUUGAUGAUGAACUUGAUAGCAUGGCUCCAGUAGGGAGAGAUCUUGAGGUAUUGCAGUCACAGAGAGAGGACAUAAAACGUUUCCUGAAAAAGCUGGAGGAUCUUAUAAUGAAUAAUGAAAAUGCAAAUAAAAACUGUAAAAUUAUGCUAGCCACAGAAGCUGAAGCUUCUCCUGAUCUUGUAGGUAUAAAAAGGGACUUGGAAGCUUUAAAUAAACAGUGCAACAAGCUACUAGACAGAGCAAAAGCCAGGGAGGAUCAAGUGGAGGGUACUGUUAGCCGUGUUGAGGAGUUUUACAGUAAGUUAAAAGAAUUCUCCAGUCUGCUUGGGAGAGCCGAAGAACACGAAGAGUCACAGGGUCCUGUUGGAAUGGAAACAGAGACUAUUAAUCAGCAGCUGAAUACAUUCAAG